AUGUCCACGUCCAUGUUCGGAUCAGAACCCCCACCCUCCAACCCCGUCUCCAUUCCCGAUGUCCCCGCCACCGACGAGGCGAUGGAGAUCGUCGCCGCGUUCGAGGCCCACGACUUUCGUAACGACCAGGAGUUCCGGGCUGGCCUCCCAAACGUCAUCAAGUCGGUCAAAGGGCGCGGCGUGAGCGUAGCCGACAUUGACGACGUGAUUGCGCGUGCCCAGUGGUUCUACUUUACGCGGAAGCAGCAGUCCCAAGUCCCGUUCGACGUCUACCUCCGUCUCCGUUCCCGCGAGACCGAGAGCGUGCCAAUGGGCUCGCCAGUGGCGUCGACGUCAUCGUCUGAUGUGCGCGGCCCCCCUCCCCCAUUCCAAGAUCGUGUUGGGGCGCAAGGCCUCGGCGUUCCCUCCUCCGACCCUCCUCCCUUCUCUUCGCGCCCACCCUCCCCGCCGCAGGCUCCUCAGGCCUCUGUUCCGGGCCCAAGUCGUUUCGACACUGACGGCGAAGGUGGCAUCACUGUCGAGCGGGUAUGCACCUCUGUCACGGUCUCGCGUAAUCCCACACCGCCACCUCGCGAACCCCAGCGUGACGCCAGAGCACCGAGCACGGGCGGUUCGGCCCUCGCGACACCGGGACUGACCGAGACGUCUGAGCCUUCGACACCCGACAUCAGCGGUCUGCGUAUUGAGAACCGUGUCGCCGUCGCUGCCGAGAUGGCUGUCCCCACUUCCAAUGCGGUCGAGGCUCCCGAAGCCACUAGCGUGCCGGGACCAAUUGAGACGACGGCGCCGGCACCGGACGGGCCGCAGCUGCCUUUCGAUGAGGUCGUGCGCCUCAUUUCGACGGGCCGGGCUGGCGAGGUACCCCACCACGAGGUGCCAGAGGGUCUUAACGAGACGCCGGCUAGCGAGCCCAAGUUGGCUGCGAGGCCUAAGCCUUGGGAACGGGCGGGGACUAGCUCAACCCAGGCUGAGGCUGAGGCGGAGGGGGAGGCCACCUCGCAGAUGGAGCAGUGA